CUUAAUAAUAAACUAAUAAUUUAUCUGAAAAAAUGCAGAAUCACGAACGGAUUUUAACUAUAUUCUGUUUGAAAUUAGAAAAUCCGAAAUUAAAUAUUAUGAAAAAAAAAACCUUAAAAAUAGUGUGAGAAGUCACAGGGAGGAUGGAACAGUAGCGAAGCGAUCACGAGCGUCUCGCUCGAAACGGUGUUUUGCUGUUAUCUCUUUGCGCUUUCCUUCGCUUUCUAAAUUCUCACAUCAAACCCUUACCUUCCAAUCCCCAUUCCUCUUUCCUCUCUCCCUCUCCCAUUACAUACCAUUUUCUCAACCCUCACUUUCUCUUCUUCAUUCCCAUUACAUAUUUUUUUUCCUUUUCUCUCUCCCUUUCAAUUCAUUCCCAUCCAAAAUGGCCUCUCCAGCCACACCAGUCCUCCCUAUUACCAGUACCAAAUCCGCAGGCGCUGCCGCCGACGCCCCCGUCAAUGAAGUUCAGCCCCCACUACGUGCCUUCAUCUCCAAAGCCUCCGAUUCCCUCCGCCACAGCCUCUCCCAGCGCCGUCCAUGGGCCGAACUCCUCGACCGUACCGCAUUCUCUAAACCCGAGAACUUAUCCGAAGCCACCUUCCGCAUCCGCAAGAACUUCUCCUACUUCCGCGUCAAUUACUACGCCAUCGGCGCUCUCGCUCUCGCCGUUUCUCUCCUCACCAAUCCUAUCUCCCUCGUCAUCCUCUUUGGUCUUCUCGCCGCUUGGGUCUUCCUCUAUUUCUUCCGACCCGCCGAUCAGCCUUUGGUCCUUUUCGGUCGAAUCUUCACCGAUUUUGAAACCUUGGUCCUUCUCUGUGGUUUGACCCUGUGUGUCGUGUUUCUAACCAGUGUCGGGUCGGUUCUAGUGUCUUCAGCGAUGGUAGGUGUGGCCUUUGUUUGUGUUCAUGGCGCCUUGAGGAUGCCAGAAGAUAUGUUCAUGGAAGCACAAGACAACUCCAAGCCCAAUGGGUAUGUCUCCUUUGUUCGUGGAGCCGCCGCAGUUAACGCUGCUAUUGUCGCCACCGCCACAUCUCCGGCCCCCUCACGAUAGAUUGGGUGUACAGGAACUUUAACUUGAUUUUUCAGUUGAUGUUUUGAAAGAGAAUUAAGUGCAGAAUAAUUUUUUUUUUCCGAUGUCAAUGUUUUUAUAUGUUAUACAAGCACAUCGGGGAAAAGCAUGCGAUCUGUAUGGAUUUGAUGUCUCUUGAUUUUGCUUUUGUUUUGUGUAGGAUUUGUAUCUCUUCUAUGUGAUGUUUCUUUUA